AUGUCACUCACAUUAGGACUAUGUUUCAUCCUUGCUCUGUUUCUACCUUUGUUCGCAAAUGGGCAUCCAUGCAGCCAGCAAUUUUUUGAUGAGGCAAAGGCACUAGGCAUAACGCCGAAUUGCAUGAAAAAAACAUUGGGGGCGGAAUUUGCAUGGAAGUACAAUGAUUCCUCCCGGAGACUUGAUAUUGUAAUUGGAGCCAGGUUACAAGGGGAGGCGGGGUGGCUAGCCUGGGGGCUGAACCCGCUUGGACCACACAUGGUCGGGACUCGAGCCCUCAUCGGGAUCAAGCAUGGAAAUAAGUUGUAUAAUAAACAGUACAACAUUACUGACGGUACAAGAAUUGGGUGCCAACUAUUUUCUGUUGAUGAUUUGGGUCUGAAAAUUCAGAAUUUCAGCUUCUUCUUACAGAAUGCAACCCAGUAUUACGCGAUAAAAGCGACAGUUUUUCUUCCUAAAGAGUACAACAGUUCAAGAACAAGCAUUGUUUGGCAAAUUGGGUAUACUGUGGCUGACAUUGAACCCAAAAUGCAUCCCAAAACUCUCAACAAUUUGGACUGUGCAGAAACCAUAGAUUUGAAUUCUAAUUAUAAGAUCAUAACUUAUUCAGCUCAUCGCAUUCACUCAAUUAGAGUGACUCAUGGGAUGCUGAACAUUGUGGGUUGGGGGAUAUUUUUGCCUGUUGGAGUGAUAAUUGCAAGGUAUUUUAGAAAAUUUCCUAUAAAGUGGUACUUGUGGAAUACUUUUCACAUCAGCUUCCAGAUUGCUGGAUAUGUUCUUGGUUCAUCUGGGUGGGCUACGGGACUCUGGCUUGGAAAUCAAUCCAAGUACUACACUUUCCAUUUACAUCGCAUUUUCGCUGUAGUUAUCUUCACUUUCACAACAAUUCAAAUGAUCGCGUUGAGAUUAAAGCCGAAGCAUACUGAUCCAUUCCGUGGUUAUUGGAACAUGUAUCAUCAUUUUCUGGGCUAUUCUCUGCUAGCACUAAUCUCAAUUAACAUAUUUAAAGGGAUUUCGAUUCUGAAGCCGUAUGAUGACUGGAAAUGGGGAUAUAUUGGAUUGCUUGGAUUCUUAGCAACAACUGCUCUGGCAUUUGAAGUGCUCACCUGGACCAAAUUUUUCAAAAAGAAGUUAGACGAGGACCCUAACAAGGGAAAGACAAAGGCACAGCCACAGCCACAGCCACAGCCACAGCCACAGCCACAGCCACAGCAGCCACAGGCACAGGCACAGGCACAGCCACAGUGUGUGGCAUCCCAUCCGCGCACAAGAAGGUUGUUUGUCAAAGCACACAUUCCAUUAUAUUUGUACUCCUUUCUUACUACAAAUUGCAAAUUAAGGCCAUUUGAGUACCUGAGGCUUACUUGCCUGGGUGUCCUUGGUGCUCUAGUGAAGGUUGCUUUCUAUGUGCAGAAAUGUAGUACACUUGCAUAUUUAUCCAUUAACAAAACAGUUAUAUAUACUCCUUUUAGUGUGUUCCCCACCUGCUUUAUCCUGAUCUUACUGCAGUAUAUGAGGGGGAUGACACUGCAGUUAGCUGUUUCCUUCUUGAUACAGAAAUUAUGCCUGAAUCUAUGCACUAUGGAGAACGGCGAUGAAUUGUCAAAAAGGGUUGCAGCAUACAUUCUGCUAAAGAUAUUGCAGAAUGGAGAAGGCUUGGGCUAUGUAUGUGUUGCAGCAGAUCGAUUCUAUGCUGUAGUUCGAGUACUCAAGAAUUUGGUUGUGGGACUGGCUGAGAAACCUUCACCUCUGCUAUUGAAGCACAUUAUUAAGUGCUAUAUUCGGAUGUCUGAGGACCCAAGAGAUUCUCUUCCGGAAAUUCUGAUGGAUGGCACAUUUAAUGCUCUCCUUAAUGAAGAUCCAAUGUUGAAAAGGUGUCUGCGACAGUUGCUUCUCAAUGUUCAUGGGUCUCUGGCUCGUCUUCAAGUUGGAUAUCUUUCUCAGGCAAUACUUGUCCAGAACUGUGGGAGCUAG